GUGUGUGUGUGUGGUCGGUGUGCGCGUGUGAUGGGGAAUGCAGAGAGCAUGGAGACCCAGCUGGCGGUGAUCCGGUCCAGAGCUGCUCCGGUCCGACUCCCGAUGCCAGACCCAGCCGAACUAGAGGAGCGGUUCUCCAUCGCACUGAAUUCGAUGAACCUGCCUCCUGACAAGGUGCGCCUGCUGCGUUCCUAUGACAACGACAAGAAAUGGGAGCUGAUCUGUGAUCAGGAGAGGUUUCAGGUGAAGAACCCUCCGCACACCUACAUCCAGAAACUCAGAGGCUUUCUGGACCCGGCUGUCACUCGCAAGAAGUUCAGAAGAAGAGUCCAGGAGUCAACUCAGAUGCUCAGGGAACUUGAGAUUUCGCUUCGUACAAACCACAUCGGGUGGGUCAGGGAGUUCCUGAAUGAGGAGAAUCGAGGUCUCGACGUUUUGGUCGAGUAUUUGUCAUUUGCUCAAUACGCUGUCACGUUCGAUGGAGAGCAGGCGGAGGUCGGGGGGGAAGUCUCCUCUAUAGACUCUCCCUGGAGUCGGUCCAUAGAAGAUCUCCAUGGCGACUGCAGCCUCCCCUCACCGUCCUCUUCUGUGCCCAGAGCAGCUCGACAUUCCAUCAGCUCUGCAAUGGUGACUCGCUCCAACACGCUGCCGAGUCGCAGAACUCUAAAGAACUCACGACUGGUCUGCAAGAAAGACGACGUGCAUGUUUGCGUGAUGUGCCUGAGAGCCAUUAUGAACUACCAAUAUGGAUUCAACAUGGUGAUGUCUCACCCUCACGCUGUCAACGAGAUCGCCCUCAGCCUCAACAACAGGAACCCCAGGACGAAGGCUCUGGUGUUGGAGUUGUUGGCGGCGGUGUGUUUGGUGAGAGGAGGACAUGAGAUCAUCCUGUCAGCCUUCGACCACUUCAAAACUGUGUGCUCAGAGUCGAUGCGCUUUGAGAAGCUGAUGGAACAUUUUAAGAACGAAGACGACAACAUCGACUUUUUGGUGGCCUGCAUGCAGUUUAUUAACAUUGUGGUUCACUCGGUGGAGGACAUGAACUUCAGAGUCCAUCUCCAGUACGACUUCACCAAACUGAACCUGGACGAGCACCUGGAGAGGCUGAAGCACACAGAGAGUGACAGGCUCCAGGUUCAGAUCCAGGCAUACCUCGACAACGUGUUCGACGUGGGGACCCUGCUGGAAGACGCCGAGACCAAAACGGCUGCUCUGGAACGGGUGGAGGAACUGGAGGAGAGCAUCGGAACAAUGUCAGAGCGUCUUCUGGAUGUGGAGAACGAAGCAAUGCUUAAGAUUGUUGAACUCGAGAAACAGCUGAUGCAAACCAACAAGGAGCUGGACCAUGUCCGGGAGUCGUAUGCCAGCACCAACUCCCAGGUGCACACCUUGCGGCGGAUCGUUCGGGAGAAGGAUCAGACGAUCCGCCGUCAGAGUCGUCUGGAGCGACAGGCUCAGGAGGCCCAGCAGGCCGGAGGACCCGGAGCUCCUCAGCCCACGAGGGGUGAAGGAGAUGGGGGAGUCGGGGACUCUGCCUCCCCCUCACCUCCCCUUUGUCCUAACCUGUCCCCCAGUCCAGAGACCGUAGCCUAUCACAACAUGGGACCAGCAAUGGUGGGAGCUCCAGGGAUGCCAGUCCCGCCCCCUCCACCUCCUCCUCUCCCAAUGCCGGGCACAGUGCUCAAUGGGUCCUACCAGGCACCCCCCCCACCCGCUCCUCCUCCUCCACCUCCUCCACCAUGUCGGACCAGCGAGCUCUCUUCCUCUGCCCCCAACCCCCCCCCUCCUCCCCCUGUUGCCCCCGCUCUUCCAGGUUCGGGUGGGUCACCUACAGUGAUCUUUAACUCAGGGCUGGCAGAGGGUCCUCUUAAGUUGUUCUCGGUGAAAAUAAAGAAGCCAAUCCAGACCAAGUUUAGGAUGCCUGUGUUGAACUGGGUCGCCCUUAAACCGAGUCAGAUAAACGGGACCGUCUUUAACGACAUCGACGACGAGGCUAUCCUGCAGGACCUGAACGUGGAGGAGUUUGAGGAGAUGUUUAAAACAAAGGCUCAGGGUCCAGCAGUGGACUUGACUUUGUCCAGACAGAAAGUUCCUCAAAAAGCUCCAUCCAAAGUAUCUCUGCUGGAGGCCAACCGGUCUAAGAACCUGGCCAUCACUUUAAGAAAGGCCGGCCAGGGGCCUGAGGUCAUCUGUCGCGCCAUCCACACGUUUGACCUUCGCACCGUGCGAGUCGACUUUGUCGAGUGCCUCAUGCGUUUCCUGCCCACUGAAGCAGAGGUGAAACUUCUACGGCAAUACGAGAGGGAUAGAAAGCCUCCCGAGGCUCUGAGUGACGAGGACAGGUUCAUGAUGCAGUUCAGUCGCAUUGAGAGACUCAACCAGCGCAUGUCCAUCAUGACCUUCAUGGGCAACUUCGCAGACAAUGUGCAGAUGUUAACCCCGCAACUUCACGCCAUGAUCGCAGCUUCAGUUUCUAUCAAAUCAUCUCAGAAGCUCAAGAAGAUCCUGGAGAUCAUUUUGGCUUUGGGGAACUACAUGAACAGCAGUAAGAGAGGAGCAGUGUACGGAUUCAAGCUGCAGAGUCUAGACCUGCUCCUGGAGACCAAGUCCACAGACAGGAAACAGACGUUACUUCAUUACAUCGCCAACGUGGUGAGAGACAAAUAUCCUGCAAAGUGUUUGUUCUACAACGAGCUUCACUAUGUGGACAAGGCUGCAGCAGUGAGUCUAGAGAACGUGCUGUGUGAUGUGAAGGAGCUGCAGCGCGGCAUGGAGCUCACCUGGAGAGAGUUCAGUGUCCAACACAACGCUAUUCUAAAGGAUUUCAUCAGCAGACACGAAUCCCGACUUAGCAAACUGCUGGAGGACGCCCGCAUCGCUGAGGAUGCUUUUGAAGAUGUGGUCAAAUUUUUCGGAGAGAGUUCAAAGACGAUGCCGCCAUCGGUGUUCUUCCCCAUCUUUGUUCGCUUCAUUAAGGCAUACAGGCUGGCAGAGGAGGAAAAUGAGCAAAGGAGGCGUCAAGAACAAAUACUACUCGAGAAGAUGGAGCAAGAGGACCAGCAGGAGGAGCAGGAGAGCAAGUCUCCCUCCCACAGGGGCAAGCGGCAGCAGCAGGAGCUUCUCACAGAGCUCAGACGAAAACAAGGAAAAGACAGUCGCCAUGUUUACGAAGGAAAGGAUGGAGCCAUCGAAGACAUCAUCACAGCUCUGAAAGCCGUACCUUUCACGGCCCGAUCAGCCAAACGCAGCUCUCGCUUUUUCUGUGACCCCGCCCACUCUGAGGAGCACUACUGAUUGAGAGAUUAAAUCACAGCAAAAUACUGGAGGGACCAAUUAGCACUUUGAAAACCUGAGUGAUGUGAGGUGAUGAUGUCAUGGUCUGUGUGUUCUUAUUGGUCUGUCGGUGACCUGACCUGACCUCUGAUCUGUCCUCUGUUACAGAACCCCAGUUCUGUGGUGGUUCUGGGUGUAUUUACAUGGAUCUUGUACACGGUUCUGCUCCUUUCCCCUUGUUGUUUUCUACUAUGUUUAAUGGAGAACAGUUUCUUAGGUUUGUGUUUUUCUUCAAGCUCCUUCAAGUGUUUCACAAAGUCAAGACACUCAUCGACCAUGUCACCUCCUGUACCCGCCCCUUUUAAUCAUCUCCUCGCAACUGCUGCCGUUAGCCCGCGAGCCAUCACCUGAGCCACACUAGCAGACAGCACAAGGACACACUUUGACCAGCAUGAAUCCAAUUGGUUGGAGGUAAAGAGACAAUGAACUGACCUGAUUCACGAUUCAUUAAAGAAGCUCUUCAUUCUGUUGAUUCAGGACCCACUUGUAAGAGACGGUCCGGAGACUCCGUGGAGGGUCCUGCUCAACCUGAGACUUGAAGGGUUAUCCUUAAAGACCUUAUGGACUCCCAACUCCUUAGAGACCUUCCGGAGUCCCCACGGAGGGUUCUUCCUAAAGACCUUCUGAGUCCCUAAGCUUGGAUGGAGAAGCACAGACGGUUGUUGUCCUCCAGUAUUCUAUAGUCUAGCAUCACGUAUCUAGUCCAGAAUCAACACCUCAUCAACUCCCCCUUUACCGUUAUCAUGAAAGAACGUAAAAUAUCAUUUCAAGGUAAAACAAAACAAGAGAGACAGCACAACAUUUUCUACGUGUACAGACAUUUUCUAGAAACAUGUGAUUGUUUGUUUGUUGUGAUUCUGCACUUAUUGCUUUAAAUAAAACAAAACCGUCUAUGUGAUAA